CCAGCCCAGGAUGUUACAUCAGCGGGGCUGGUUUCCUGCGCUGGGUGCCGGGUCUCGGAGCUGGUACCGCGGUUCCGAGGCUCAGACGGCUCAGGGCAGCGAGAGGCGGAGCCCCCAUGGACAGCCAGGGCCGCCGGGUGGUGGUGUGCGACAAUGGCACGGGGUUUGUUAAGUGCGGCUUUGCUGGCUCCAACUUCCCUGAGCACAUCUUCCCCGCACUGGUCGGGCGCCCAAUCAUCCGCUCCACUGCCCGCGUGGGCAACAUCGAGAUCAAGGACCUGAUGGUGGGGGAUGAGGCCAGCGAGCUGCGCUCCAUGCUGGAGGUGAACUACCCCAUGGAGAAUGGCAUCGUGCGCAGCUGGGACGACAUGAAGUACCUGUGGGACUACACCUUUGGGCCCGAGAAACUCAACGUCGACCCCCGCAGCUGCAAGAUCCUGCUCACUGAGCCCCCCAUGAACCCCACCAAGAACCGCGAGAAGAUCAUAGAGGUGAUGUUUGAGACAUACCAGUUUGAAGGCGUGUAUAUCGCUAUCCAGGCGGUGCUGACGCUCUACGCCCAGGGCCUGCUGACUGGGGUGGUGGUGGACUCUGGGGAUGGCGUGACCCACAUCUGCCCUGUCUAUGAGGGCUUCUCUCUGCCCCACCUCACCCGGCGGUUGGACAUUGCAGGACGGGACAUCACCCGGUACCUCAUCAAGCUCCUGUUGCUGCGGGGUUACGCCUUUAACCACUCUGCGGAUUUUGAGACGGUGCGGAUGAUGAAGGAGAAGCUCUGCUAUGUGGGGUACAACAUCGAGCAGGAGCAGAAGCUGGCUCAGGAGACCACAGUGCUGGUGGAGUCUUACAUGCUGCCCGAUGGGCGUGUGAUCAAGGUUGGGGGUGAACGGUUUGAGGCGCCUGAGGCCCUGUUCCAGCCCCACCUCAUCAAUGUGGAGGGUGUAGGGGUAGCCGAACUGCUCUUUAACACCAUCCAGGCAGCUGAUAUUGACACCAGGUCGGAGUUCUACAAGCAUAUUGUGCUAUCGGGUGGCUCCACCAUGUACCCAGGCCUGCCCUCCCGGUUGGAGCGUGAAAUCAAACAGCUCUACCUGGAGCGGGUGCUCAAGGGUGAUGUGGAGAAGCUGUCGAAAUUCAAGAUCCGGAUCGAGGACCCACCACGGCGGAAGCACAUGGUGUUCCUGGGGGGCGCUGUGUUGGCCGACAUCAUGAAGGACAAGGAGAACUUCUGGCUGCAGCGAGCCGAGUACCUGGAAAAGGGGACCCGCAUCCUGGAGAAGCUGGGGGUCACUGUGCGAUAGGGACACCCCCAUUUUACCCCCUCCCUGCCACUAGCUCAGCUGCCCCAUCUCCUUCAUUAACCCUUUCCUCCCUGGCAAUAUCGCCUUGAUUCUGCCUUUCUAGCAGGCCGACCAAUCACAGGGCUUCUUUAGGGAACACUUUUUUUCAGGGUGUGGGGGGAAAUAAUCAUGGGGGUUGGGUCCGGGUGGGGUGGGGAGAGGGAGGAUAUACCUCUCUCUUGGGCCCAAAGCACUCGCUCCCUGGGCUCUGCCUUGGCCACAGGAAUGACGUCUCUUCUCCCCUCGGGGGUCACAAUGGCCCCUGCAGCAGCCUGCUAGAGAUAGGAGAAGGAGGGGUUCGGACAGAACUGUUUUGGGCUGGAUUGUAGGGAGAUGCCCCUGCUGGGGAAGGAUCAAUGAGGCCAGGGAGUCCUAUACCCCUAAGACUGGCUAACUGGGGAAUAUGCUGGAGGGACCAAGAGGAGGGUCUAACUGUCCCCCCUCCCCCAAUUCUUGUGGGAUCAACCCUUGGGAAGCAAAUAAUAUGUUGUGAUCUUUAGGGGAAGAAUAAAGGGAUCAAUCACACCCCCACUAUCAAACUGUUUUGGGGUGGGACCCUAGCUGGUUCCACCCCUUGCCAAGCACAUAGCCCCCUGCUGGCCAAAGGGGGUUAUGCACAAACUUUGCAGGAGCCUGAGUGUGUUGGUGGGAGGUUUCUAUCCAUACCUUCUCUCCUCUGCAAUUCUGGGGUGCAGACAGGGGGAGGUGUUUGCUGGGCCUGGGGCAGGAUUCCCCUGUGACGCAGUCUCUGUAUUGAAUGGGGAGGAGGAAAAUCACCUCCCCACACAACAACAACCUGAAAAUGGGGUUUUUUACCCUGAUUUUUAAAUUGUUUUUGCUUCUUA